AUGGGUCACAGCUUGGCAUCCCACCCCUGCAUCCUCUUCGAUUCUCCGGUGGUGAAAGAAGAAAUUUCGGAUGAUAAUGCCAAGCUUCCCUGCUUCAACGGCCGGGUGGUGUCAUGGCUGGUGUCUGCAGAGGGUUCCCAUUCAGAUGCUGGCUCAGUCUGUGCUGAUAACCAAACAGAGCUGCCGCCCUCCGUGGAGCGCACAGGAGGAAUCGGAGACUCCAGGCCCCCCUCUUUCCACCCUAACACUGGGGGGAGUCGGGAAAACUUGGACAAUGAGACAGAGACAGACUCAGUGGUGUCGUCGCAAAGGGAACGACCUCGUCGGAAAGAUGGGCCUGAGCAUGCACCCAGGGUGAAUGGGACAGUGAAGGGAGAGCGGCGCCGAGACCUGGGCGGGUACGAGAGCUCCUCCACGCUCAUGAGCAGUGAGCUGGAGACCACCAGCUUCUUCGAUUCAGAUGAAGAUGACUCCACCAGCAGGUUUAGCAGUUCAACAGAGCAAAGCAGUGCUUCCCGUCUAAUGAGGAGGCACAAGCGACGCCGGCGGAAACAGAAGGCUCCACGCAUUGAGCGGUCAUCGUCCUUCAGCAGCAUCACAGACUCCACCAUGUCCCUGAACAUCAUCACGGUCACGCUGAACAUGGAGAAAUACAACUUCUUGGGAAUUUCUAUUGUGGGACAGAGCAAUGAGCGUGGGGAUGGAGGCAUUUACAUUGGCUCUAUCAUGAAGGGUGGUGCUGUGGCAGCUGAUGGCAGGAUUGAGCCAGGAGACAUGCUCUUGCAGGUAAAUGACAUCAACUUUGAGAACAUGAGCAACGAUGAUGCUGUGCGGGUGCUGAGGGAGAUUGUGCACAAGCCGGGGCCCAUCACCCUGACGGUGGCCAAGUGCUGGGACCCCAGCCCCCGGGGCUGCUUCUCGUUACCCAGGAUUGCUCCCCAGCGGAUCUGGGCUGGGCCAGACUCUCCAUGCUCCGAUCCGGGUGAGCCCAUCCGGCCCAUCGACCCGGCAGCCUGGGUGUCUCACACGGCAGCGAUGACUGGCACCUACCCAGCGUACGGUAUGAGUCCAUCCAUGAGCACAAUCACUUCCACCAGCUCCUCCAUCACCAGCUCCAUCCCAGAGACUGAACGCCUCGAUGACUUUCACCUGUCCAUCCACAGCGAUAUGGCCACCAUUGUCAAAGCCAUGGCCUCACCAGAGUCAGGCCUGGAGGUGCGUGACCGCAUGUGGCUGAAGAUCACCAUCCCCAAUGCCUUCAUUGGCUCCGAUGUGGUGGAUUGGCUCUAUCACCAUGUGGAGGGCUUUACAGACCGUCGUGAAUCCCGCAAAUAUGCCAGCAAUCUGCUGAAGGCUGGCUACAUCCGACACACCGUGAACAAGAUCACCUUCUCAGAGCAAUGCUAUUACAUCUUCGGGGACCUCUGUGGAAACAUGGCUAAUCUUUCUCUUCACGAUCAUGAUGGCUCCAGUGGUGCCUCCGAUCAGGACACUUUGGCUCCGCUCCCCCACCCAGGAGCCGCACCCUGGCCUAUGGCUUUCCCAUAUCAGUAUCCACCACCUCAUCCAUACAACCCCCAUCCCGGCUUCCCUGACCCAGGCUACAGCUACGGAGGGGGCAGUGCAGGCAGCCAGCACAGUGAAGGGAGCCGGAGCAGUGGUUCCAAUCGCAGCGGCAGCGAGAGGAGGAAGGAGAGAGAGAAGACUGGGGAGUCCAAGUCAGGUGGCAGCGGGAGCGAGUCGGACCACACCACAAGGAGCAGCAUGCGGCGUGAGCGUGCGGCCAGCGAGCGCUCAGUGCCAGCCAGCCAGCACAGCCAGCGUAGCCAGCACUCUCUGGCUCACAGCAUCCGCAGCCACCCCAGCCAGCAGUCAUACGGGCCGCCUGGCCUCCCCCCUCUCUUCAGCCCCCCCAUGUUGCUGAUGCCUCCACCACCUUCAGCCAUGGGGCCCCCUGGGGCACCACCGGGCCGUGACCUGGCCUCUGUGCCCCCUGAACUGACAGCCAGUAGACAGUCCUUCCGAAUGGCCAUGGGCAACCCCACAAAGAAUUACGGGGUGUUUGACUUUCUCUGAGCCUGCCGCCUGUGGGGGGGAGAGCUGGAGCAUGGCGUGGCCCGACAGGAGGACACGGAGCUCCAAGGGCGCUGGGCACGCCUGGUGCUGAAGAUGGCUUCUUUCCUCCCCUUUGUGGAAGACGCCCUGCCCUUCCCACAGCCCUGAGAGGGGAGCAGGGACCAGCCUUAUAUAUGUGUUUUAAAUCCCGUUAUAGUUGCCUUUUGGCUAAUGCAUGAAUGUUCCAGGGCUUCAGUGCCUCCAGGGAGUGGAGAGAUGCUGCCACUUCCCUCUUGCCUCCCUCCUCUUGCCCACAUGUUGGACCAGGUCCGAGCCUGGCACUGCCCCAUGGCAGGAACCUCCUUCACUUUGCCCAGGCCGCAAGUCUCAGGGCUGGGGCUGUACCUCUGUGGGUGCCUGUGUGCAGUCUUGUGUGACUUGGAGCCCUGCGCCUGCCCUUGGGUACUUGGGGGGUGGUGAGGAUUUAAGGACAGACUUCUGUUCCCUCUGUCCUGCUCUGCUCUCCUGUCUGCGACACACUGCUGCCUGUCCCGUUUGGAGGGGCUGUCCCAUGCCUGGGGCUGGCAGUGGCAGCUGUGGCCUUCUCCCUCCUGCUGUCACGCUGCUGCUCAGCAAUUUGACGUCUUCAAGGGCCUGGACCGAGUUAGAAGGCAAGGGAGGAGCACAACUGGUUCGCUUUCACGCUUUGGGGAAACAUGGAGGUCCCCUGUAUUUGCCCUUUCACAGGCCUGGGUGUGCCUCCCUCUGUGCAGCACCAGGAGUGCUGCUGGCCUGGCUGUGGGGAGGGGUGAGGCUCUGCGAUGGAGCUGGGACAGCUAUGCUCCCUCCAGGCUGUGAAUGGCACCUGGCAGCAACAGAGCUCUCCAGGGAGGGAGGCUGCAGCCUGAACCAUGGCCUCUGGGCUCGGUGCUGGCACAUGUGUCAGGACAGUUGAGUCUCUUUGCUCUGGGGCUCCCUCCCCUUUUUCCUUCCCCCUCUGGGUACUUGGAGAUGUGCCUCGGGCUGGGGGCAGCCCCCUUCCCCAUGCCCAGGGCCAUGCACAGUACGGUACAGACAUGCUCGAUCCUGCUCCUGUUGGUGCUGGUGCCCCGGUACCCUCUCCUACCCCCGCGCCGUGGGUUUCUCUGCAAAGCGUUGCCUCCUUUUGCUUUGUGCUUGCAGUUUUUAUACGUCAGAGAUGAAAUGUAUUUUGCUCCUCAGGGGUCUGCGUUCCCUCUGCAGCCCCUCUGCCA